AUGGGGGAGGGGCAGUGCGAGACGGAACUUCCCUCCGGGAAAGCUACCCCCGAAGGGAUGACCACAGAGGGAGAACUGACCCCGCCCGGGAGACUUCCCAACGAGAGGGUGGACGAAAUUCUGGGCGAAGCGAGUGAUGAUGAAGACGUAGAGGGGGGAGGAAGCUACCAAGGGGGACCCCUCAACGAGAGUACUACUGCUACCCCCCCCCAGGGAGACUACUUCUACAUCAACGACGCAAUCAAGCACAACUACCCCCUCGAAUAUGAAGAGAAUAAAAUCUACCCAAAGGUGUACUGCUACGAGCCUACCAAUUUUGAGAAUUUCAAAAAAAAAAUAAAAAACAAAAAUGAAUUGAGACACUACGAAUGCUACUCCUCCACGAUGAACGAAUUCUUUUACAAGUACAAUGACAGCUACUAUGAUGACAUCCUAAAGAAUGAGAGCUUCAAGAAGUUUGCCUUCGAGUUGUGGUCCAAGAGGAAGGACAUAAAAAACGAAACGGAGUACCACAAUCUGUGUAUUCAGUUGCGCAAAAAAUAUAAAGUGUGCCCGUCCAAGCACCAGAUUAGUGUGGCUCUGCAGCACCACUAUUUGCAGGCCGCUCGUAACGCUAAGGAGAAGGACGGCUUGUCCUCCCCUGUGGAGGAGAUCCACAACGCUGCCUCCACUUCGCACACAUCCGAUGCGACCAACCAGUCAAACGUUUCCCACGCCGGGGGAGAGGCCACCACCAACGGGGAGGAAGAGGAGGAGGAGGGGAACGCCGCUCGUGGGAGAGCAGCUGACGACCAGGUGGACUUCCUACAUCGGGAGGUACUCUCCGGGGGGGAGAAGACGGUGGACCCCCCGGACGCCGCCGCCUCCUCCUCCGAGGACAAAAUCGAGGUGAACAAAAAGGGGAAGGACGUGAAGUUCGUCCUGGAAAACGUCACCAACAUGAUCGUGACGACGGAAAUGAAGAACUACAAGGACCUCGACAAGGAGAGCGUCCACUUCUUGCAGAUAAAUAAACGGAAGGGCGUCCGCUCCAACAGCGGAGUGCUAGUCGUGACGAUCAUUACGCACCCCCACAAGUUCAGUUGCAAGUAUGAUUGUUACUACUGUCCGAAUGAACCCAAUCAGCCAAGAUCGUAUCUCUCCACCGAGCCAGCCAUUUUGAGAGCCAACCAGAAUAACUUCGACGUGAUUUGCCAAUUUUUCAAUCGAACCACAACCCUGGUGAACAACGGACAUGUGGCAGACAAAAUUGAGGUACUCGUCUUGGGAGGCACGUGGAGCUGCUAUGAUGUUGAAUACCAGAGGGAGUUCAUAAGGGACGUUUACUACGCAGCGAAUAUAUACCCCCUUUUAAAAAAUAGGAGGGAAAAAUUUAGCCUAGAGAAAGAGCAAGAAAUUAACGAAACAAGCAACUGCCGAAUUAUUGGCCUAACUUUGGAGACGAGACCCGACCAGAUUAAUAAAGAGGAGCUCAUUCGGUUACGCUCUUACGGCUGCACGAGGGUACAACUGGGCAUACAACAUACAGAUGACUUCAUUUUGAAGAAAGUCAAUCGGCAGUGCACUCUCCAGGAUUGCAUCCGAGCUAUUUAUCUACUCAAGGAAAACGGGUUCAAAGUAGACAUCCAUUUGAUGCCAGAUUUGCCCUACUCAGAUGUAAAGAAAGACGUAAGCAUGUUUAAAUACGUUUUGAGCUCCACUGAUUUGCAAGCCGAUCAGUGGAAAAUAUACCCUUGUGAAAUUACCCCCUUCACUAGGAUUGAGAAAUGGUACAAUAGGAAUGAGUUUAAGCCCUACUUUGAAACGGAUAAGAAUCUCCUCAUCUGUCUAAUUUUUCUGGUGAAAAAAGCCAUUCAUCCGUGGAUUCGCCUGAACAGGGUCAUACGGGAUAUCCCCAACCCGUCUAUCAUUGCUGGGAAUAACAUAACGAACAUGAGGCAACUCAUCGCCAACGAAAUGAACAUUCGAUCCAUUUUUUGCCAGUGCAUCAGGUGCAAGGAGGUGAAGAGCCAGGAGAUCGAAAAGGGGGACGGCUCCGUUUUCCUGCAAAUAUACCAGUAUCCCACCCUCGGGGGGCGCGAGUUCUUCCUCACCUUUCAGGGGGUCAAGAAGGCUCGCCGGGGGGCCGCCCCCGCAGGCAAGCGGAAAAAGAAGAAUCAGAAGCAGAGGGUGGAGCAGAAGGGACAAGGAAACAGCAAGCCAGGCGGUGGGGACCCCACCCGGACGGAGGACCCCGCCGAGGUACCCCCUACGCCGCCGCAAAGUGAGCGAGCGGACGAAGAUUGCAUCGGGCUCUCCUCCGUCAAUUUGUUCGCCGAGGUGGGGGCGGCACCCACAGUGGUGACCCCUUCCAAGGAGGAUGCGGCAACCAACGGGGUGGCCACUUCCAAUGGGGAGGCGGCUUCCAAAGUGGUGAGCAUCUCCAAUGGGGAGGCCACCUCCAACGGGGAGGCGACGGCCAACCGCCCACCCCCUCUGCACACGCGAGACAACAACAACGAGCGGGCGCUGCUCGGCUUCCUGCGGCUGCGGCUGCGCAGCGAGAACAACCACUGCGACGACCGGCCCUUCAAGUGCCUGGAGGGGGCGGCCCUCAUCAGAGAGCUCCACGUCUACGGCUCGCUGCUAAAGCACGACGAUUUUAAGGAGGACCUGAAUUUCGUUCAGCACAAAGGCCUGGGGAAGUGCCUAGUGCUCGUCGCCGAAUUGAUUGCCUACCACUAUGGGUAUAACCGGAUGUGCAUAAUUGCGGGGGUGGGUACAAGGCAAUAUUAUAAGAAGCUGGGCUAUGAAAAGGAAGAAACGUACGUGACGAAGGAGCUGAGGAGGGACUGCCUCCAUGAGCAGUACCUGCAGAACGCGGAUCGCAUUGGCAAACGGAUAGUCAUUUAUAAUUAUAAUUUGAAGCAUUGCCUGUACUUGAUGCAUAAGGAAGUCCCCACGCCGGCUCGCUACAAGCGAAGCGAAAUUGAAGAGGACAUGAAUACGUUCAUUAGCGAAAAUAUCCUCGGCGUGGGUUCGGACGAGUACCGGCACUGUCAGCAGGAGUGCAGCGGGGUGUGCCUCAUAAACGUGGAGCAGGAGUUGUUCGCGCAGGGGGGGCAGUCAAAGCAGCUGGAGCAGCCAACGCAGCUGGAGAAGGCGAAGCCCAUUUCUGUGCGCGCCGUCCUCAGCCAGUGGGCGGGGAGAGUCGCCCACGCGUACGGCGCCAACAGCUGGGCACGCUGA